AUGUUGUGUUACCAGCUGGAUAUCAAGAAGAAGAACGAGCUCUGGUCUCUUAUUGGUCCACACCCGGUGAGAUUUUCACUGAUUGAGUUCGAGCACCUCACCGGUCUAAACUGCAAAUAUAUUGAGAACUUGGAUAAUCCGGCUCUAGAGGUGACAGAUGAGUUGGCUCGUUUCUGGGAGCUGAUGGGUGUGGAUAUUGAUGCUGGUCCAAAUACCUUGCAAAUAAUAGCAGCAUGUAAGAGAUGUCAAGAGUGGUCUCGGGUUGACCGCAUGCGCCUGGGAUACCUCGCCAUCUACUUAGGAUAUAUUGAAGAGAAAAAGAACUCAUCCGCUACACGGGCGAACCCUGUAAGGCUAGUGAUGGAUUUGGAAGAAUUUGAGACGUACCCAUGGGGGAGACUGGCUUUUAAGUGGUUGAUAGACUCUCUGAAGCGCAAAAAUUUUACAAAGACUUAUACCAUAGAUGGGUUUGUUCAAGUUCUCCAAGUUUGGGUCUACUUUGCUCUGCCCGACUUUACUGCAGCCUUUGGGAAGCCCAUACGAAACAAACCGAGUCCCCCUUUGCUGGCUUACAAGGGACACAAAGGACGAAAAUUUGUCAAAGAGGGUAUCACCACACAGACUCGCGUGGUCAACUAUGUGGCGAAGGAGAUAGGUGAAAUGUUCCUUCAAUGGGACAAUGAUGUUGGUGAUGUGGCGGUUGAAAACUUGUUGAUGUUCAUGUUUUCUGCUAAAGCUAAUUGGAAUUGGACUCAGGAGUGCUGGCCAGUCAAAGGUAUUAAGACGUGGACCAAUCUUGUCUAUAUGAAGCAAGAACCUCCUCAGUUCCCUGUCAACGAAGAAAGAAGAGCUCGGAAAAAAGCUCAUACAGAGGCUUAUACAGAAUUUCUUCCAUCAGAGGAUCAUAUAGAGCCUCCACUAGAGUCUUUUGUUGCUAGGAAUAAGCUUACGGGAGGAGAGAUUGAGCAAAUGUUCAAGGAGAUGACGAAAGUUAUGACUGUUGGGUUUAGUGAGUGCGUAAAAGAGAUGAAGCUUAUUUGGGAUAGGAUGGAAUCUGUGGAGAAGAAGGUGGGAAUGAACCAGAAAGGCACUGACUCUAAUGAACUUCAACUAACACUUUCAGACCCGAAUACGACUGCACGCGAACCAGGGGUUAGUACCAAACCCUCUUCCAAAAUACGAGUGCUGCGAAAUACUAGGCAAAAUACUAAGAUACCGUAG